UAAAAAUAACAGUACAUAUAAAAAGUAUGUAUGAUUAUACAACUGAAAAACUGUAAUUUCAGGUCAUUAUGGUGUUGCCGAGAUACACCCCGGCACUGACUCCUAAUAAUAUUCCCAAGGAAGAGCUUGUGACAAGAUAUUUUCAACAAGGGUACACCAAUACAGAGAUUUUACAACUGAUCAGAACCGUUCAUAAAGUAAAAAUCAGCAAAUCUCACUUGAAACGCAUAUUGCGAAAUUUAGGGUUGAAGCGUCGUCCUGGUGAUGUUGACCUUUUUCAUAUUGUGAAUGCAAUUUUGGACAUUACAGAGAACAGUGGACAAUGUCUAGGAUAUCGAGCAAUAUGGAAACGUUUGAUAACCGAUUACGGUUUCGUAGUUCAGCGUGCUAAAAUCAUGGAACUGAUGCGAAUAAUAGAUCCAGACGGAGUAGAAAGACGGAAGCACCGUCGAUUACUUAGGCGACAGUAUGCUGCACCUGGACCAAAUUUUAUUUGGCAUAUCGACGGAUAUGACAAAUUGAAACCUUUUGGAUUUGCCGUACACGGCGCAAUUGAUGGUUUCUCCCGAAGAAUUUUGUGGUUGGAGGUGGGACCCAGCAACAACAAUCCUAAAAUUAUUUCAAGAUAUUUUUUAGAUACUGUGCAACAAUUAGGAUGUUGUCCAAAUGUAUGUAGAUGUGACCUCGGCACGGAAAACAAGGAGUUGGAAGAAAUACAAGUUCUGUUGCAUAGUCUUCAAGACCAGGAUUAUGGUAACUGCUUUUUAUACGGAAAAAGCACUUCUAAUCAACGAAUCGAGGCCUGGUGGAGCAUUUUACGCCGGCAAGCGGCAGAUUGGUGGAUCACAUUCUUUAAAGAUUUACGUGACACUAAUGUUUUUAAUGAUGGUGACCACUUGCAUAUUGAGUGUUUAAGAUACUGCUUUAUGGCUGUUCUUCAGGAGGAACUUCAUCAAAUUGUAAUUCAAUGGAAUCAACACAGAAUGCAAGUUAAAAAAGAAUCUAAUAGUCCAAAAGGAAAGCCUGAUGUAUUAUUUUUUACUCCAGAAUCAUACGGUGCUCAAAAUUUUAAAAUCGACUGCCAUCCCGAGGACAUAAUUUACUGUCAAGAACACUACGGGGAAGACCGCCCAAUGCAUGGCUGUUCAGGAGAAUUCUUAGAACUUGCAAACUUAAUUUUGCCAAAUCACCAAAGACCAUCAAAUAUAAAUGAAGCCGCUGAUCUUUUUGGUCAGUUCAUAACAAUAUUUAAUGGAUAUACUGCAUGAGCUUCAUCAUCCUCUCAAAACAUUUUAAUGUGUAAAAUAGCUCUGUGUUUCAUUCCAAAGUACAAUUCAACAAUUCCUUUCAAAGUAUAACUUUGAAGUCCUUUUUAAGAAAUACUGACAAAUGAUAAAAGUGUGUAAUCUCCCAAUAAAAUAUAACACCAUAUGUAUAUAAUAAUUCACAAUUUAUUGUAAUCAAAAUAAAGCAGAAACUUGACAUGUGGAAAUUAAAGCUAAGGCCAAGAAAAAAAAAUGUGUGGU